AUAGUUAGUGACCAUCGAUGGCCACUCACAGUCUCGCCAUCGAUUGCAACCAUCGAUGGCGAACUCACCGAUGGCCAUCCCUACCGCAGGUGCACACAGGCAGUAGCCCCUCCCUCCCCAGUGACGGAGCCGCCAUGUGUUAUUAUUAUUGCGGCCGCUGACAGUCACGUGACAGAACUAGCGCUGAGGUCACUCCCGGUAUCCGCAUCGGGCGCGGGGGCUGCCGGGAUUUGUAGUUCCUGGGACGAGCUCCAGCGCAGGAAGCAGACAGUCGCCGUUGGACUCAGGACCACAAGUCCCAGGAUGCAGUGCGGCCGCUGUCUGUCAGGGCUGACUGGAAGCUGCAGGGUGGAGGAACUAUGUGUCUACCUGUGACAUCUUGACAUUAUUGAGCGUUAAUAUAUCACCAGUACAGAAGGACGAGCAGCUAUGAACACCGAGCCAAGUGUAGACACAUUGGAGACCACUUCUGAUGAAAGGAAAAAUGACCAUGAGAAAGCUGAUGUAGAGAAGACAUUUGAAUGGCCUCCAAGUGAUAAUAUCAAAGUGGAGAAACUUCAGAAAAUGGCAAAGUCUCCUAGAAAGCAACAGAGAGCUCCACCCAAACCAGCUGCGUUCGUAUGUGGUGACUGUGGUAAAGGUAGCCCAUGUAAAUCAGCUCAUCUGCGCCACAUGAAGACACACACCGGAGAGAGACCAUAUAUGUGCAGUGACUGUGGAAAAAGAUUCAUCCAAAUCUCCGAGUACAAAAACCACCACAGGUCACACACAGGGGAGAAACCUUACACCUGCAGCGAGUGUGGCAAGUGUUUCAGCCGCUGUACCUACCUCACCAUGCAUAUGAGGACACACACUGGGGAGAAACCAUACAUGUGCCUAGACUGCGGCAAAAGCUUCAUCCAGCACCCACACUUGGUCAACCACCAGAGGAUCCACAGUGGGGAGAAACCUUAUACCUGUCUAGACUGUGGGAAGAGUUUCAGCCGCAGCUCCACACUGGUGAUCCACAACAGAACCCACACAGGGGAGCGGCCUUAUACCUGCGCAGAAUGCGACAAGAGCUUCCUCCGCAGCUCUGACUUCCAGCGUCACCGCAAGAUCCACCUGGCUAAAUCGUCCCUCAGCUGCCCAGAGUGCGGUAAAGGUUUCAGCCGCAGCGCUCACCUCACCAAACACCAACUUAGCCACGCCAAGGAGAAGCCUCACGCGUGUGUGGAAUGUGGAAAAUGCUUCACGUCAGACACCCCGACUCCUCCCCACCUUUUCAAAAGCAUAUUGGCAGAGUACAUACAACAGUGCAAGGAUCCAAAAACAAGGAUGACAGUAAAUGCUAUAUCUGUUAUCUGUGUGCAUGGCACAGCUGUUUGAGGCUGCACGGGCAAAUGGGUCUUAGACCUGGGAUUAUGUGGUUCCUAGGCCAAUAGGUUAUGAUGUUAGACCAAUCAUUCUCAAUGUAAUGUUCCAACAAUUCUCUUUUUAAAAUGACAACCUAUUGUACAAUAAAAUUCAUCAUCAUUUUCCACAUAACCAAA